GUGACUCCACCAACCACGGCGGAAUCUGUCAAGCCCACGCUCUGCAGGGUCGUCAUCUACCUACAGAAGGAGAUGUCCGGGGACACGUGUCUAGCCACCACCACCCUUUGUCCAGCUGCAGGGCCCAAGCCCAGAGCUUGCAGCUUCAAAGGGGGCAGCCUUGGUAACAAGUACGUGCGGCUCAACGUCGGGGGCUCUCUGUACUACACCACGGUCCAAGUCCUCACCAGGCAUGACACGAUGCUUAAGGCCAUGUUCAGUGGCAGAAUGGAGGUGCUCACAGACAAAGAAGGCUGGAUCCUUAUAGACCGUUGUGGGAAGCACUUCGGAACAAUUUUAAACUAUCUCCGAGAUGACACGAUUGCACUUCCGAAACACAGACAGGAGAUCAAAGAGUUGAUGGCAGAAGCCAAAUAUUACCUCAUUCAGGGCUUAGUGGACAUGUGCCAGGCAGCCUUGCAGGACAAGAAGGACUUGUAUGAACCUGUCUGUAGCAUCCCUAUUAUCACAUCUCCGAAAGAAGAAGAGAGACUGAUAGAAUCAUCAAUGAAACCUGUUGUUAAGCUGCUUUAUAAUAGAAGCAACAAUAAAUACUCCUACACCAGUAACUCAGAUGACAACCUGCUGAAGAACAUAGAGCUGUUUGACAAACUCUCUCUCCGAUUCAACGGCAGAGUUCUUUUCAUUAAGGAUGUUAUAGGGGAUGAAAUCUGCUGCUGGUCUUUCUACGGACAGGGUCGGAAACUUGCUGAAGUCUGUUGUACCUCGAUAGUGUAUGCUACAGAGAAGAAGCAAACCAAGGUUGAAUUCCCCGAGGCACGAAUUUAUGAGGAAACACUAAAUGUCUUACUGUAUGAAACACCACGGGUUCCCGACAACUCUCUGCUGGAAGCAACAAGCAGGAGCCGAAGCCAGGCGUCCCACAGUGAGGAUGAUGAGGGUUUUGAACUUCGUGACCGAGUGCGCAGAAUCCACGUGAAGAGAUACAGCACCUAUGACGACCGUCAGCUUGGCCACUAGCACAUGGGUCAAGGAGAAGGGGUUUGGUGUCCAGGCUUGUGGCGAUAUUCUCGGAGGGAGAUCGAGAAGCGGGAGGGGUCGGUCGGACUCUGGAUUGAUCCUCGUUUGGCUUCUUGGCUCCCUAGAGAGGCAAACGGGCAUUUGUGCGCACAAGGCAACACUAAAGGCCAAAGGCUUUGAGAACUAAGAUGUUAAUUUUGCACCGUGUGCUUUAAUUACAGACUGGCCCCUUCUCAUGCCACUGAGGAAUGGAAUUCGGAACGCCGAUUCCGAGGGUUUGUGGUUGCUCUUUCAUGUGUAAUGACUUGCUGGUUUUCUUACUUCCUGUAGGAAGUACUGCUUUCCCCGAGUGAGAUGGCAUGAUUUGAAAAUCUUUUUUUCCAGAUACCUGCCCAUUUAGGGUUUUGUAUAAUG